UUACUACGCUGUCGUUUAGCGUGGUCCAACUACGGCUGCAGGCUGCUAUCUUUACCUCCGUGUUCAAAGCUUAGCCAGUUGCCCACUAGCUCGUGAGUGGUGAAAAGUGAAAACCAGACGAGAACGACGAAAAGCGUAAUGGCAGCAACUCAAGCUCUUCUCUGCAACAAUUGCUACCCCUAUUCCUUGGCUGCUGCUACCAAACCGUAUAAUUCCAAACCAUCAAUCUCUCACCAUUACCAAUUGUACAAAAAUAAAGAAAACUGCAAAGCGUGGCCUCUCACAAAACCGCUUUUUUUAGAUCAGAAGACUGGCUCGAAAUUGAAGAACCUCUUCGUUUGCCACGCAGCUCGCCGCAAACCAACCAUCUCAAACGCCACUGUCUCCUCCGAGAAGGGCAAUGGUUAUAAUGUAGGGAAAGUGCUUCAAAUAAUAUUAUGGGUACUUGAAGGUGUUUACAUUUUGUGGCUCUUUCUACUACCUUAUGCCCCUGGAGAUCCAGUGUGGGCGAUCAGUAAGGACACUGUAAAUUCUCUCAUUGGCCUUUCUCUCAAUUUCUUCUUCAUCUUGCCAUUGAUGAAUUCCGUCGGCAUACAUCUUGUUGAUGCACCAGUGCUUCACCCGGUCUCAGAAGGAUUAUUCAACUUUGUUAUUGGAUGGACCUUCAUGUUUGCUCCUUUGCUGUUCACAGAUUGCAAGAGAGAUAGAUACCAAGGGUCAUUAGAUGUUCUGUGGGGCCUGCAGAUGUUCCUCACAAACAUCACGAAGGGGGUUACUUCUCAUCCCAAGAGGACCUGAUGAACCCCUGAAUACAUAAAGAACAAACCUGCGAUAUCAGAUAAUAGCUUCUCUGUUUAUUUUUGUUUUUAUUUUUUAUGUUUUGGUUUAAGAAAUAAUAGUAGGACUCCGCUGGGCAUUUUGUGCUAACCAAAGUUUCAUUAUUGCUCAUGUGACGCCAGCAUUUUUAAUACCUUACAUGGCUAUCCGGCUGAACGAGGCUGAUUCUGAGUCAACUCUGAAAAAACGCUCUCAACUGGGCACAGUGAUGACAAAUGGUGCACCGAUAGUGGGGCUGAUUGGCGGGUUUGCAUGCCUGAUUUCUGCGUUCUGGGCUUUUUAUGGCAGAAUGGAUAGUAAUUUUGGGAGCAUUCCAGACAGAUUGGAGUUCUUGUUUAGUUAUCUAGGAUCAGAGAGGCUGGCUUAUGCCUUCAUUUGGGAUAUAUGUCUUUACAUAAUCUUCCAGCCUUGGUUGAUAGGUGAAAAUUUACAGAACAUUCAGAAAAGCAAGGCCAAUGUGGUGAAUUUUCUUAGAUUUGUUCCAGUUGUUGGUUUGGUGGCCUAUCUUCUCUGGUUGAAGCUUGAUGAGGAACCAUAACUUUAUGCAGUUCUUUAAAUAUAUUCAAAUACAGUAAUUUUGUACAAAAAUGAAAAUUUUGUAUCCAUGUCUUUACUAGGUGGUAAAUGUAUUGGAUUUCGUAUCUCUAUUUGUUACUAAAAAGAAAAUGUAUCACUCCAAUUUUAUUUAUUAGUGAACUUCUUUUAUGACUGAUAA